AUGGCAUUCGAAACCAACACCAAUGCCGUUAGGUUUGGUCAUGGUGGAGACACAACUUACACCAAGAUCUUUGCCGGAGGUUUGACUUGGGAAACUAAAAGAGAUGCCUUGAAACCUUACUUUGAGCAGUUCGGAGAGAUCAUUGAAGCUGUUGUUAUCAACGACAAAGUCACUGGAAAAUCUAAAGGCUGUGGCUUUGUAACGUAUAAAGAGGCUGAUUCAGCGACCAGGGCUUGUUAUAAUCCGUUUCCUGUGAUUGAUGGAAGAAGAGCAAACUGUAAUCUCGCAGCUUUUGGCGCUCACAAGAAUCGUCCUACUUCAGCCUCCCACUCUCAAGAUGAUGUCACAGAGAUGGACAAAUUUAGCCCUCCACCAGCUCAGGUGAUGCCCCCUUCAACGACCGGUACUCCUGCAUUUUACCGUCAAUUCAUCCCGCAAUACGCAUUUCCUUACGGGUAUCCUGGUUACUCGCACAACAUCUAUCCACUAGUUGUGCCUUUUGAGGAAGAUGAGAAGGACACGAGCAUAUGGUUCCUUGACCACAACUACCAUGAAUCAAUGUUUAAGAGGAUUAAUGCGAAGGAGCAUGUUGUUGGUUGGUAUAGUACAGGCCCAAAAUUACGGGAGAAUGAUAUAGACAUUCACAGAUUAUUCCACAACUAUGUCCCAAAUCUUGUCAUGGUGAUUAUUGAUGUCCAACCUAAGGAGUUGGGGAUACCCACUAAGGCGUACUAUGAUGUUGAGGAGGUUAAGGAGAAUUCCACUCAAAAGAGCCAAAUGGUUUUUGUUCACGUUCCUUCUGAAAUUGCUGCUCACGAAGUUGAGGAGAUUGGUAUGCCAUUUGAUGAAAUUUAGUGUUAUCU